AUGGCCAAAGUCCCUGACCUCUUUGAAGACCUGAAGAACUGUUACAGUGAAAAUGAAGACUACAGUUCUGAAAUUGACCACCUCUCUCUGAAUCAGAAGUCCUUCUAUGAUGCAAGCUAUGAGCCACUUCAUGGGGACCACAUGAAUAAGUUUAUGUCCCUGGAUACCUCGAAAACCUCUAAGACAUCCAAGCUUAGCUUCAAGGAGAAUGUGGUGAUGGUGGCAGCCAAUGGAAAGAUUCUGAAAAAGAGACGGUUGAGUUUAAAUCAGUUCAUCACCGAUGAUGACCUGGAAGCCAUUGCCAAUAAUACAGAAGAAGAAAUCAUCAGGCCCAGAUCAGCGCAUUACAGCUUCCAGAGUAACGUGAAAUACAACUUUAUGAGAGUCAUCCACGAGGAAUGCAUCCUGAACGACGCCCUCAAUCAAAGUAUAAUUCGAGAUAUGUCAGGUCCAUACCUCACAGCUGCUACAUUAAAUAAUCUGGAUGAAGCAGUGAAAUUUGACAUGGUUGCUUAUGUAUCAGAAGAGGAUUCUCAGCUUCCUGUGACUCUAAGAAUCUCAAAAACUCAACUGUUUGUGAGUGCUCAAAAUGAAGACGAACCUGUCUUGCUAAAGGAGAUGCCUGAGACACCCAAAAUCAUCAAAGAUGAGACCAAUCUCCUCUUCUUCUGGGAAAAGCAUGGCUCUAUGGACUACUUCAAAUCAGUUGCCCAUCCAAAGUUGUUUAUUGCCACAAAGCAAGAAAAGCUGGUGCACAUGGCAAGCGGGCCACCCUCGAUCACUGACUUUCAGAUAUUGGAAAAAUAG